CAGACAAUCCGUUUGGUGCAGAUCGCGGAAAGCGAGGAGAUAAACACACACACAUACCAUCAGUUGUGCCGCACUGUCCCAAAGCGGUACGAGACCAGCGCUGUAUCCGUGCAGACUGGUCGCAGUCAGCCUCGGCACUCUCAAAGUGGUGCAAUCGCACGAAGUGUUUUUUGUUUUCGUUGCCAGUCGUUCGCCAGCGAGUGCAUUUCAGAGUGCCAUUUUUUUUUUGACGUCGUCGUCGUCGAUGAUGCUAUAGGCGUCGCGAUGUCCCCGUUUGAGGUUUUAGCUUUGGCGUUGGCGCUAAGUUUCUGCGUCGGGAUACGCUGCGAACAGAACCAGACGCAUGCGCAGUCGGAGUGCAAGCCGAAGGCGUGUCUGCGUAACGCUGACAGCGAGAAGGCGGUCUGCGGCUCGGACGGUCUCAGCUACCCCAACAAGUGCCAUUUGGAAAGGGCGAGGUGCCAAAACGGGAACGUCACCCUGGUGAAGAGGGGAGCGUGCAAAACGCAUAAGUCUUGCGCGGAAUGGCAGAAAUCGGGUAACGCGCACGCCAGUAACGGAUUCAGGCCGCAGUGUCGCAGGGACGGCUCGUACGAGCAGAUCCAAUGUCACUCGGAGACCGGGUACUGCUGGUGCGUCACGGUGGAGGGGGUGCCGAUACCCAAUACCGCGGUCAAAGUCGGAAGAAAAGUGAGGUGCGGUCGGCGCAACAAGAACCGUCGGCGCGCGCCCAGCAGGAAAAACAAACACAAGAUCUGCAAGCGGAACGAGAAGGCCCUGCUGAACGCUAACCUGAUCAACAGUUUCCAUUCGGAGUUCUUCCGGGAGAACGGCAGAAACGAGUCGGACGCGUUGGUGGUCGCCUGGAAGUUCCGCUCUUUGGACACGGACGGCGAUUUUUACCUCGACAAAACCGAAUACAAAGAUAUACGCAGACUGGUAAAGAAGGUAAUGAAGCCCAAGAAAUGCGCGAAACUGUUUCCGAAAUCGUGCGACGUCGACAUAGACCACGCGAUCAGUCUGCAAGAGUGGACCGACUGUUUGCCGAGGGACGGCAUUGAUGUUUCUUUGCGUGUGUUUUUGUCACUGAACCCAGAUGGCAGGAUAGACGCGGCGUUGGAUGGGGGGGAGGACGAAGAGGAGGACUACGUCGAUUCCUAUAGCUCGAAUUUGGGGCCACCUCACACAUUCAACGGCGUGACGUCUAUGGACGACAGUCAGAGCUAUCCGGAUAGUGACUCGUUCGUGGUAGAGGACGAUCCGUCCAACUGCCACACGGACAAAAAGGCCGCGCUGGCAGAGGGCGAUAGCUCGAACUAUAUUCCGGAGUGUACGGCCGACGGCAGAUACCAAAAGGUGCAGUGCUACAAGUCUGCCGGGUACUGUUGGUGCGUCGACGAAGACACCGGCAAAAACAUACCGGGCACUUCGGUAAAAAAUGGCACCCCCAACUGCGACCUGCACAAGGUGACCAAUAGGGCGAUGAAGGGGUGUCCCGAUGAGAAAAAGUUAGUGUUCCUGCGCGAACUCAUCCACUUCCUGCAUACGAAAAUGUCUGAGAUGGUGAGCGCGAACAGCACCUUCACGUCGUUGGCUUGGAUCCAGACCAAGGAGGAGCAGGCGGCCACGUGGAGUUUCGUCGUGUUCGACAAAAACAAGAACAAGAUGCUCGAGAAGAGCGAGUGGAAGGCGUUCAAGGACAUGGUCGGGGGAGUGAAGGGUCUGAAAAAGUGCGGCAAGAAGCUGCCGCGGUACUGUGAUAGCAACAAAGAUAGGCUGAUUAGUAUGACCGAGUGGUUGGACUGUCUUAAUAUUCAGCAAGGUGCAGCGUCGGGAUCUAGCUCGGCCAAUAUGUCCGUCAGGACGGGCAAAAAGAAUCCGCUGAGUAUGUUAAAGGACGAUUAGGCUAGCCGCUUUUUUUUUUUUUUGAGGAUACGGCUAAAGAAAAAACGACGGGCGGGCCUGGCGGGGGGGAAAUACGAGGUGGUGCGCUUUUGUCGCGGAUAGUAUGUGAUUGUAGGUUAAGGUAUUCGUUUUCGCCCGUCGCCGCGCACGCUAAAGAGUUUAUUUAUUUGUGUUCGCCUCAAGGGUAGGCCCGCGCGCCCUUCUUGUCUGUGCCAUACUUUAUAUACGCGAUGGUGCCCCCGCAACGGCAGCGAUCAUUUUGUUUUUCAAAGCGUUGAAAUCGUGAGCCGAGUUCGCGCAUACUCCCAUUUUUUGUACAUUUCGUGUAUUAUAAACGUAAUUCUUAGCUUGAAUCAGUGUAAAAUUUUAAUAUA